CUUCAUUCAUUCCUUCAAAUUAAUUUCAAUGGCUUCCCAAGCCCAUGGAGCUGCGCAGGAGGAUCUUGUUUUAUCAGUUGAACMAGGAAACUCCAAUCAGAAUGAUCCCUCUUUUGUUUCCAGAUUUCUUCUUUCCAUUGGUGCCCAUGAGCUUUACUCACAAGAGAUGUGGAAAGCGGCGAUGACAGAAUUGGUAGCCACGGCGUUCCUCAUAUUUUGCUUAACAAGUUCCAUCAUCUCCUGCUUGAACUCCAACGAAUCAGAUCCAAAGCUCUUUAUCCCUAUCGCCGUUUUCGUCAUCCUCUUCCUCUUCCUCCUCGUCACUUUCCCUCUCUCCGGCGGCUUCAUGAGCCCUAUUUUCACCUUCAUCGCCGGCCUCAGAGGCGUCAUAACCUUCACACGCGCCGCCGUCUACAUUUUAGGGCAAUGUCUCGGCUCCAUCCUCGCAUUUCUCAUGAUCAAGGACGCAAUGAGCCCCGAAGUCGCCGACAAGUACUCGCUCGGCGGCUGCACCAUCCGCGGCACCGGCGCCUCCCCCGGCCUCGGCCUCACCACGGCUCUGGUCCUGGAGUUCGCCUGCACCUUCGUCGUGCUCUACGUCGGAGUCACGGUGGUGCUCGACAAGAAAAUGAGCGAGCAGCUCGGAUUGCCGAUGGUCUGCGUGAUGAUAGCGGGGAGUUCGGCGGUGGCGGUUUUCGUGUCGACGACGAUCACCGGGCGGCCGGGGUACGGCGGCGUGGGGCUGAAUCCGGCGAGAUGUUUAGGGCCGGCGUUGUUGAAAGGGGGGCGGCUGUGGGAGGGGCAUUGGGUUUUCUGGGUGGGGCCGUUUGCGGCGUGCGUGGCUUAUUACGGAUUUUCGGUGAACUUGCCGAAGGGGCUGCUGCAGGUUGGUGCGGAGGGGGAGAUUGGGAUCUUGAAGAUGGCCGGAGUUUGUUGGCGGAGGACUACGGCGGCGCCUCCGGAGGUUACAUUGGAGCAAAAGCUAGGGCAAAAUCUUGAACUCUGAAUUAAUAGAAUGGGAGGAGGGCGUUGGGCACGACUUACAACACAACCAUUUCUCGUGGUUUUGGACUAUAUUAAUUUUCUAAUUUGAGGGACCAUAUAGUUAUUUAUGAA